UACCGGUAAGUGUCACUUGAGUGGUCAGACUCCCUUUUCUGUCUGAACUUCCUUUUAAUUUCUCAACCACCGCACAAUGCAACAGGAAACAUUCAAUAGUUUCACCGCAGCGCUCAGCUCUAACACAAAGUCCACUUGUCCUCAUCUGGGUUCUUCUCACAAUGCAGCGCCUAAACCUCUGGCUGGUGCUGAUUCUUGUGUCCUAUUCACGAGGUCAGGAGUGGGAAAUAAGGACAGAAAAGAAGAUUAAUGCAGCAAAGGGCUCAAACAUUACCAUAUUUUGCACGUUCAAGAUUCCUUCAACAUCAAAUUUCACAGCAGUUUACUGGAAAACAGAUGGAGAAAGUGAAUGCAGCAAGAACGACAACGACAGAAAAGCCUUUGUUUAUCACCCCAAUAGGUCAUGUGUGCUUGAAAAGUAUAAAACAAAGACAAAGCUAAUCGGAGACGGAGCCAAAGGAAACUGCACCCUACAAAUCUACAACGUUCAAGAGAGCGAGCAAAUCUACAUGCGUGUUGUUGCAGUCCCAAAGCCGUACAGUUUCAAACCAAAUCCAGUCACCAUUCAUGUAAAUGGGUCAGAUGUGAUAGCAGUGACUGUUGAAGCAGAUGCCACAACAACUCCUCUGCCUCAAACUCCAACAGUCUCCUUUGAGACUUCCUUGUCCAGUUUCUACAUCUCCAUACCAGCUGUUGUCCUUCUCAUCGCUGCUGUCGCUGGGAUCAUCAUUUACAAAAAAUGCAAGAGGUCACACAAUUUCAUACGGAAGCAAUCGGGUCCUUAUGUGAACUUCAGCAGAGGCGCUUCAAACCCGUACAAAAGAGCUUCUUGCAAAGCCUUCAAUGUGAAGCCACCUGAGGAAAAGGUCAUUGAUGAUCCCGUCUACAUCAAUCUGCAGACACAAACAAAUCAAACAAGCCAACCUGCUGAGAUCUCCGACAGUAUUUAUGCAAAUGUGGGUCAUUCACCAGAAGACACGCUGAGCUGAGAAUUUCAGUAAAAUACUUAAUCAUGGGAAAAUUCAGCAUCUUUCAACUUUUUAUUACAUCUGAGAGAAAUAUUAGCCAAGAAAUGUUUUUUAUUGAUAUGUGCAUCAAAGAUAAUGUUUAUCGGUGUUUUGGUGACCAAUAACUAUGGUGUCCUGAUUGGAACGUAAUGCUUUAAAAUGUAAAGCUAUGUUUUGCUAGCCAUAUACAAAAUUAUUUUGCUUUGGCGAACGGCGGUCUAGAUUCUGGGCUGAUGUUUUGCCACAUUCAGUGUUUGAGCAACUUCACGUUGGUACAUUCGGCUCCUCGUGACAGUUUACAAUUGAACAGCUUGCUUUUACAACUUUUUAUUCAGGAAAGUUAAAUGUUCAAACAUGAAUCCAGACUCUAAUGUUAAAAUGAAUACUUCAGGUGAAAUCUAAAAUUUUACAUUAAAAAUCUAUAAAGUUGCAGAAUUUGCUCUGAUUUAAGGUACAGACCUGAACUAAAGUGUUGGUACCCUUCGGUCAAUGAGAGAAAAACCCACGAGAAAUAACUUAAAUCUGGCAAAAGCAGUAAGAAAUAAAAGUCCUAAGAAAUUUACCCGAUAAAGGUGCGUCAGCUACGCUCGGUUCAGAGUGACUUGUUGGUGGUAGUCAAAAUGCAAGUCGGGGUGAUCGUGCUUUUUUGGUUGUAGGACCUCGACUCCAGAACCAACUUCCACCACAGAUCAAACCGUCCACGUCUCUGCCCAUUUUUAAAGCCAGACUUAAGCUUUGUUUUAGAUCAGUUUGCUAGUUUUCUUAAUGAUGUUUCUGAUUGCUCUUUGGUCCCUGUGCUUUCAAUUAUUUUAUUUUGUGUUUGAUGUUUUUAUUUUAUCAUAUAAUGUAUGUUUCAUAGUAACUGUAUGUGUCUCUGCACUAUGUACAGCACCUUGGGCCUCCUUGACUGGGUUUGGGAAGGGGCUUUAUGAAUAAAUAGUUCAAGUCAGCUCAA